AGGGCAUUCUUUGUUAUAAAUAUAUAGCUUGCACUUGUUAGGUUAAAUUGGAGUAUUUUCGUCAUGUUAUCUCAUUUGUGUUAAAGCUGUAGUAGUAAUAAGAUGGCAUUUAAGACCGCAAUUUGUGGAAUCGUUGCUGCGUUUGGAUACUUUUAUUUCUUGUCUUACAACCCGUUUAAGAGUCACCGAGAUAUACUGACCGAUACAGUUGCAGAGGAGUAUGAUUACAUUGUUGUUGGUGGUGGGUCCGCGGGCAGCGUGUUGGCUGCGCGACUGUCGGAGGACAAAGCUUACAGGGUGCUGCUGCUGGAAGCAGGAGGCUUUUACGAUGAAAAUCCGUGGUUCCACAUUCCUAUACGCUGGCUAGAUAUCGAACAAACGGAACAUGACUGGGCUUAUUACACAGAGCCCCAGAAGGACUCAUGUCUCGGCUUGAAAGAGAACAGGGCGUUUUGGCCCCGAGGUCGUGUACUAGGAGGUUCGAGUGUGUUCAACGCCAUGCAAUAUACGAGAGGAAGCCGUUACGAUUAUGACCAAUGGGCUAUGAAUGGAAUUGAAGGCUGGAGCUACAAAGAAGUACUUCCAUACUUCUUGAAAUCUGAAAACAUCCAGAUUGAUGAGCUACUAACGUCACCAUACCAUCACAGCGGAGGACCAUUAACUGUUUCCCCAGGCCGUGUUACAGAAUUGUCCGAUUUGUACAUGAAGGCUGGUCAAGAACUUGGCUAUAACAUUACCGAUUACAACGGGGCUGACCAAGAGGGCUUUAAUAGGGUACAACUAACAGUUAAAAAGGGUAUUCGGGACAACACUGGGCUAGCAUUCCUUGGGCGACCAGGCAAAAGACAAAAUCUCGAUAUUUCAUUACAUUCGUUUGUAACAAAAAUCGAUAUUCAGAAUAAACGAGGAGUUGGUGUUUAUUUCAUUCGAAACGGUCGAAAACAAUAUGUUCGAGCGAGAAAAGAAAUAAUUUUAUCAGGAGGUGCGAUCAAUUCACCACAGAUCUUAAUGCUGUCGGGAGUAGGUCCAAAAGAGCACUUGGAAAAUUUGAAGAUACCUGUAGUCGCUGAUCUUCCAGUGGGAAACAACUUGGAGGAUCAUCAAAUGAUAUUUAUGUUUAGUAAAAUAAACCAACCAUAUAGCAUAACGAAGAAACUUAAAGAAAGCUGGUGGACAUUGAUAAAGUAUUACCUAUUUGGAACUGGACCCUUAACGAUCGCUGGCUCAGAGGGAUCAGGAUUCUUCUAUAUUGAUGAAAAGAAACGUGGAAAGACAAAUGCCGAUAUUCAAGCAAUUCUUUUCAGUGACUUUUUGGAUAAGGGGGCCGCACGCUUUUUCAACUUUAGAGAUGAGAUUGCUGACGAGUACAUGGCUGAAAAUCCUAAUGUGGAAGGUUUUAACGCUAUUUUUAGUGUAACCCAUCCAAAAAGCAAAGGAACAAUUCGUCUAAGAAGUACUGAUCCUUUCGAAUAUCCUAUCUUGGAUCCGCGUUACCUCGAAGACACACGAGACAUUGAAGCGUUUAUCGGCGGCAUCAGGAUAUGGGAAAAGUUCAUCCAGACGCCGACAAUGAAAGAACUAGGAGCUGAUAUUGAGCAAAUGAAGCUUUCAUUUUGCUCUCACCAUGACUUCCGUUCUGAUGCCUACUGGGAGUGCUUCGUGCGGCACCUGGCAGUAACCUUGUAUCACCAUUCUUGCACGUGUAAAAUGGGGGCUAAAGAUGAUAAGACAUCGGUGCUUGACCCUCAGCUUAAAGUCAAAGGGAUUCAAGGGCUUAGGGUAGUGGAUGCGUCCUCAUUGCCCCAUGUGACCUCUGGCAAUACAAACGCCCCAGUAAUAAUGAUUGCUGAAAAAGCAGCUGACCUUAUUAAAGGGAUUGACUCAGUAACGGAUAUCAGAAAGAAACUGCCUAAGGAUAUUUAAAAUUUUCAAACCUUGUUAAUGAAUUGUUUAGCUUAAAAGUCAUAAUACAUUUAAACCUUCAUAUCCUAGAUAUUGUAUGUUUGUCAUUUUCAACUCUUAUAGUAUAUUAUGUUAAAAAUGUGUAGCUAUAAUUUUUUUUGAAACUGUAUCUCAAGAUGGUUUUAGCAUGCACUAUAAAUAUCAAUUAUUGACGUCGCGUGGUCAGUUUGGAAUAGAUUUUAUUUAUGUAGCAUCGAGAACCACGUGAUUAACCACCCAACAUUAUAAUUGUAUUUUUAUAUACGAUCUUUGACGAACCUUUAUUAACAAGCAAUUGCUUUAACACAUUAAAACAAUAAAACUUAUGUCUUA